AUGGAUCUCACCACCUCCACCUCAUCCGCCCCCGCCACCCCAGAAGUCAUCACCGGCAGCUGCCUCUGCGGCGGCAUCCAAUACGAAGUCACCGGCGAACCCAUGAAACGAGUAAUGUGCCACUGCGACAACUGCCGAAAGUUCACGGGGUCCAGCUUUAUGGCCAACAGCUUUAUGAAAGAAUCACAAUUGACCAUCAAAUCCGGCGAGUCCCUCAUCCAAAGCUUCACAGACACUAAAGUCGACACCGGAAGUACGUUGCAACGACGAUUCUGUCGCGUCUGUGGAUCCCCGGUGUAUGUGACUAGUAGCCGGGCUGAAGGGUUUGUGGUGGUGCCGUCGGGCACGAUGGAUGGGGAGGCGGCCAGGAAAUGGAGGCCUCAGGUGGAGUUUUAUUGUAAGGCUAGAAGGGAGUAUUUGCCGGAGGUGGAGGGGACGGAGGUGCUGGAGACUAGUAAUUGA